AUGUACAUCGCCCAAGGUCGGCAAGUCGUCACCUUCAUCCUCUCCGGAUCGGGCGUGGUCCUGAAGUUCUCUUGGUGUGGAAGUUCAUCAGAAACCUGAAAGUGGUACGCAGGCUCAGCUUUUCAGGUUCUUCAGAAGACAUUGUUUUCAUAGUAAAUGUUCAAAAAUGUACUUUUAUCAAACUUCCUGGAAAAAUGAAGUAACUUCUUUGAGUAAAGAAGUUCAUGUCCAAAAUCAACUUUCAAAAAGAACUCUCUGGAAAUUUGAAGGCUCCUGGAAACAUGAAAAAAUUGGCCACCCCGCAGGUCUGGAAAUUUCGCUUUUGCGUAUUCGUCGGCAGAAAAAGUGGCCGAAAUAUUCCGCUUCACCGGCUGGGAAUCAAUAGAACUAGUUGGUUGCCAGCAAAAUUUCCGCCGCUGUAUCGUUUCAUUCAAAUCGAGAGCCAACCGAACAUCCUUAAUUAAAAAAACAGUUUUUGAUACCAAAGUUUGACAUCAAAAUUUGAUAUCCGGAAAGAAAAGUAGAUUUUUCGUUUAAUUACUAUAACUUUUCUUUCAGUUUCGCUCAACGGCUAUCAGUAGCAAGAGAACUUUUCGCUCACAAGACGUGUUUCUCGAAUAAUCGUCUUGUCGGAAAAGUAGUUGUAAACCAUGUCGCCUGUUAAUGACUUUUCAACAGUCUGAUUAGAGAAAGGCCACUUCAUAAAACUGUCUUGCCCGAGCAGAAAAAAGGAAGGGAAGUUUGAAAUGAACAACUUUAGUUUGAUCAUAAAUGAUAUGAGAAGAAGGAAGGGGGCUAAAUGUUGAGAACUAGCUGUCAUUCAAUGGAAAUGACGUUGUGUCCCGAAAAAAAUUAUACGAUUUUUCGAAAUUCAUUUGAUGUAUUAUAAUCGUGUUUUGAAGUUUCUAUAUUAGAUUCUCAAUAAAAAAAUGAAAAAUAGAGCUUGUUUGAAACCAAAAAAAUAGGAUAUUGUCCAGAAAAAGCUUUCUAAAUUUUGUUUCGUCAGUCUUUAAAAAAAGGGUUUUGGAUUUUGAAAAUGAAAAAAAUCGUAUUUUUUUGGUAAAUUAUAACUGUCAACACUUUUUUUACAAUAAUCGUAAAAACUGCAGAAAUCAUUUUGAGGCGCAGAAUUUUUUCAUUUUUAGCCCUUUCAAAGUUUUUUGAGCAUUUUUUAAACGCACUGAGAAAAAAUAAGAGAAAAAGUAUAGGCAACUUAUGAACUAUGCUCUGAAUGAACUCUUUUUCCAAAUUUUCCCGCGCUCUUUGAAAAAAUCUUCCAAAUAAUACUUUAAUUGUACUGUCGCGAGGCAACUUUCGAAAGUAAUUUGCAAAACGAAAGAACGGAAAAUAGAUCAGGUUUCUUCAAAAGCCAGUGAACUUAGAAAGAAACUUGCUGGAGACUACUCCAAGUUUAUAGGAAGUCUAUAGAAAGCCAUUCUUGACAAUACUAAAACCAACAAGAUGGAAAAUGAGAAAAGUAACGAGAGUAGUCGACCUAAAUUGUUAAUAUAUGGGCUAGCCGACGCCCACCGGUGACUAAUCACCAACCAUUUUUUGCGGCCUUCUCCUUCUCUCGAACCUGUCUGGGGGUGUAGGCCAAGGAAAGAAACACUCGGGAUGCGUUCCUUUGAAAGAACACUUUUUCAUAACAGUUACUGACUCAUUUCUUCUCCCACUAAGAGGAGAUUUCCGGCUUUUUUUUGGUCUAUAUAACGUCUUAUCAAACUUUUGCUACAUGACAAAUUCAGCAGCUUAAAAACCAUGAACUUUGCCGCAGGACACAGUCUUUUGAAAUAAAACAAAAAAGAUAUGGGAAUUACUUGUUGAGGUAGAAUAUCAAAUAGACAAUUUCUGUGUUCUUUCUUUUUGAAAGUUACGCUUUGAAUGAAUUUUUUUAAAACUUUUUCUAUAACUGUAGUCCUUAAAAUUGAAAAAUCUUAUCAAUAUUCUAAAUAAGUUAAUAAUAUAAAAGCAAAUGUGCCUUGAGCCUACCUCUUGAUUCAACUUAUUGAAUUCAAAAAUUCAAAUCGUAAUCGAGCUCUGUAAAAAAAUUGAUUGAAGAACUUUCCUUGAAAAAUGAUUAGAAAAUUACAAUGUGGGAAUGAGAAAAACAGAGCAAAAUGGAAUAAAUUACAAGGAGGAUUGCCGUGGCCGCAUACGUGUUCUGAAAACGAGUUUGUGAAAGUCUGCGCCAUCGCGCUUUUUUUCUCUCACGAUUUUUGACCUUGGCACGUCACUCUGACAAUCGCAUUUUUAUUAUUUUUAUAUAAUGUAUCGUCUUCUUUCUCAUUGAAAUGAACAAGUCGUGCUUAUAAUUGAAGAAUGGAUGUAUUUGUUAAAUUUAAAACGAUUUUUUUAGUUGAGCUGUGAGUUGAUUAAUAUUUUUAUUCGGAAAAAAAGGAAAUUUUUAACUAUUGAAAAAUUCGUUUUUGAAUGCCAAAUUAAGUUUCAAACAUAUUUUUUUGUUUAUCUGAUACAAUCAGUUUUUUUCCUUUUUCACUGAUUAAAAACAGUAAUAUUAUGUAAAAACAAGAAUCAGAAAUUUUGUAUAAUUAAACAAAAAAACUCUCCGAGAAUUUAGCAAAAAAAUAGCAGGAAUAAACUUCAGGUCUCAAGCCACAAAGAGUGUACUUGAAUUAUAGCUUUUUUGUCAAAUUGGAAACUCCAUAGAACGCUUUUCUUACCACUGAAAAAUUCAAUUCAAGAGGAAAAAAAAGGAUCAGACGCAAAAAUAAACUUUUAAGCUUCACUUUUUUUUAAAAUGUCUAUUUGAGCCUAUACUACUUUUACAUCGAAAUCACAACAAUCUCAAAAUUUUUUUGAGUGAAUCGAGAUACCUUCUCAAAUCUUCACAUAACUAACCCUUCUUCAAGAAAUUUCCCAUCAAAGUCUCUUCAAACGUUACCCAGUAGCUAUUCUACUAACCAUUAACAUCCCACUCGUUCAGGGCCGUCAUGUCAUUAGAAAACGGCCUUUCGGACAAGACCUACAAGUUUGCAGCCGAACUUUCUCUUAUUUUUGACUUUCACUUGGUUUUCCAGCCUACUAGCUUCCGAACAUAACUUCCAAGUGUUGGAGUUUGGUCGAACGUGUCAAUCAGCAAGUGCUGGAAUCGCCGCAGGUAUUGUUCAUUUAUUUAAGUACAUCUUUGUGUUUCAAGUUGCAGGCAAUUAAAAACGAUAUCCUAGGUUUUAAAGGCAAACAACUGAUAAACGUGUUAUUAUUCAAAUACAGCCAGAUACGUUGGAAAAAAAUACGCAAAAAAAUCGAAAAAAAUAAUUGUAGAACAAAUAUUUUUUUCAUCAAAAAUUUAUUGUUUCCUUGGAAAAAAGUUUCUGAAGUAGAGUAAUAAUUGAAAAAAACUCAAAAAAAUAUUUUUUUGUUGGAAAUAAAAAUUGUGACUCAUCAAAAAUUUUUUUAUGGUUUUUACGGGUGCUACACCAAAAAAGUACAACAGGGGCCAGCAGCCGAAUCAAAAAAACUUAAAAAUCAAACAACUCAUUUUUUUACGCAAAACAUCUGAAUCCGUAUUGUGUUCUAUGUCUUUUUAAUCUAAACUAGAUGCUUAAAAAAUCAAAAAAAUAAAAUAUUGUUUUAUUCAAAAUGCGCCACGGAUAAUCAUUAUCAAGAAUGAAGUCAUUUCUCAAUUUUUUCAACCUGAUUUUUCCAGGAAUUCUCGGUCUGACUGCGUAUCGUGGGUUCUUGUUUUAUAUCCUCUCGGUUUUCUUACAGGUUUUUUAUUUUCUUUUGUUUUCUCCUCGGUCUCCAAUUUUUAUUUUCAGGCAAUCGUUUGGCACAUCGAAUCUGGAGAUCAAUGGAACGAAUACUUUGUUGAUCGAGACUUCCUUUUUCAUAAAUUUGUCGGCGGGAUUGUCGCUUUUAAUCUUUUCUGGUUCUUUUUCUACGGUGUGAUACACGUUUAUUGA